ACUUACACUCGCCAUCUGUAAAUUACACCAGCGCCUCCAGUGUUAAUCUGAAUCGCGAAUAGUCUUUUGCAUUUUUAAUGUGAAAUACACAUCUGGCGACAGUGUACGAAACACCAAACCUUCGAUGAAGUCACGUAGAGGGCGACCACUUCCAGCUAUAAAAAUAAGAAUGGAGAAGAAAAACGCACCAGUGCAUGAAGAAGUAAAAUCGAAGGCCAUUGUUAAGUAUUCCGUACCUUGGCCAGCAAAAUUUACAAAAUUGCAAUGUAAUACAGACUUAAAUAUGCCUCCAUCGAAUUGGCUUAGCAGUUCCGUUGAAUCGUAUGGAUUGCAACAUGUUUUAUAUGAACAACAAGGUUUCAGUAGUUUUCGGAUGGCGCACAUGUUUCCUGAUUGUGUCGGUGAAGUGGAUGUUGUAUCGGAUUCAGAAAACAUAAAAAAUUUGCUAAAAAUACCGUACCACAAGGGCUCUGUCAGUAUGAUGGUGCAUCGAGUGGAAAAUACAUUACUUCUAGAUAACUUUGACAUUUAUAAGCACAUCCUUCGUACUGCUGAAACGGAAUGGGAGUGGCUAAAGAGAUUUUUUUAUGAUAUACUUAAAAAUAAUAUUGACGAAGGUCAGCUGUAUGACAGUAGUUUAUAUUCUAAAAACCGAACUCGAAAGGCACUGCAACAAAAGAGUUUGGUAUCAAAGUUUCUAUAUCACAGCCUUGCUGACAAUGAAAACGCAAGCUCGGUCGAUAAUAACAAAGAUCUUACCGAAAAAUUUACUUCACUUUCCGAACCAGCACCAGAAGAAGUACCAGAUCCACGUUCACAUGUGCACAAAUAUAAUCGUAAUGUAAUAUGGACCUUUGAAGAUAUUAGAAUGUUAAUCGGAACUGACAUGCCUAUUUUUGGACAAGGUACUCAUCCUUGUAUUUCUUUACGUCUACGUGACAUGACAAAACCAAUCAGUGUUCUCACAGGCAUAGAUUAUUGGUUGGAUAAUUUGAUGUCUAAUGUACCCGAGGUUGUGAUGUGUUACCAUCUAAAUGGAUUUGUACAAAAAUAUGAAUUAAUAAAAACUGAGGACUUGCCUUCACUGGACAACUCCAAGUUUUCUCCUUCGGUUAUUAGAGAAGUGGCCAAAAGUAUUUUAUCUUUUCUUAAAUCAAAUGCGACAAAAGCGGGACACACCUACUGGUUGUUUAAACCGAAAGACCAAGAUGUGGUCAAGUUGUACGAUUUAACUUCUCUAUGCUCAAAGUAUAUGGCCGAGAAGGAUGAAAGUCCAUUUACGGUACCGGUCGCAAUGCUGCUAUAUCGAGUUGCACGCAACAUGAAGCAGUCUGGCGAACGACAACAGGCCGGUACAAUCAGGAUGCUCCUCAAAAAUUGCAUUAAACUGCUGGCAGAGACCAAAUAUCCAGAAAUUAUUACUUCGUCCAAUUACAUGCUGUCCGAUUUGUAUAUUCCUGCAAAUACUAAUCCGGAAGCUCCAAAUUUUGAACAGUUUGAAGGUCAAUCUCCUGAGAAUGUUUUUGAUGAUGAUGAUAUUCCAGCUGAAGAAGAUGAUGUCGACUAUACAAAGACCUUAAGUCUGGAAACGGACAGUACAUCUGAAACAUUUCCAAAUUUUUACAAGCAACCACCACCGAUAGGAGGAUCAACAGGAGAACGAUGUUUACAAGCUCUUCUACAUAUCGCAUCAGGUCUAGACUGUUUACAGUAUUUUAGCAAGACUGAAAAUAUUUCAGAAAAAAAAGAAUCUCAGGAGGAAGAUAUUUUGAUGGCAAAAUCUUUUGAAGCAAUUCCAAUGCCUUAUAGCAAAAUAAAUAGCGCAUCUGUUUCUGGUAAUGAUGACCCUUCCAGUUGUCAAAAAAGCAAUAAGAAGAGCAGAAAACGUAGAGAUAAGAAAAAAAAAGAUGAAGUUCCUAUUAACAAUAUUGAGUGUUCCCCUAAUGCACUGCUACUUAAGAAUAAAGCUGACGCGCAACCUCUACCCACAUGGCAGGAAUUUAAUAACGAUCAUAUCUCUUGGAAAGACCAUUUUAAAAUCUUAUUGUACGAAAAAGCCGAAUUGGUGUACGCAACGUUAGCCGAGCACCAAUACGUCACAACAAAUUACGGAGCAAGUUUACGUAGUUUAGGGUUGCUAGUUCGUUGUCACGAAGUUCUUAGUAGAUUAUACCACGCAAAUAACGCCCUAAUGGAAGAUUGCUUAUUGGGUAGAGCCGGAGAUUGUUGCCUUAUGAUCGUUCACAACUGGCAUAAGGUUGACGAAUAUCGAAAUGAAAUAAAUACAUUUCUGGUAGAAGACGAUAAGAUGAAAGUGCAGUUGGAAAAAGAGGAAAGAUUGUACGGAAUAAAAUAUGCGGAAUCAAGUUUAAAGUGUGUACUUUUGCCAGAUGUUCGAACAAUGGAACAAAUGCUAAUAAAGUGUGUAGAACUGUACGAUAAAGCGCUGAGAUAUCGGGAAUCUCAAAGCAUUUUGUUAAGAUUAGGAAAUAGUCUAAAUGAACUGGGAACAUUUCUUUUAAAUCGAGCUCGAAAUGCUACUUCCGAGUCGGACAUCUUUCAUUUUGUUAAUAAGGCAGAGUGCCAUCUAAAACGUAGCCUUACACUAUUUGAGAAAAUUAAAGAUAAUUGCAAUGUCGCUUUAGUUUAUACAAAUCUGGGUCAUCUCUAUCGUGUUUUAGCACAUGCAAGUUCGCCUGCAGAAAGAUGUGAAAUCACAACGAAAGAGAAAUUAUAUUAUAGCAAAGCAUUUGUGAAUUAUAAGAAAGCUCUUCAGGCACUGGGAGAACGUGAUCGUGCUCCAAGUAUCUGGGAUGCAGUUAAAUGGGAGUUAUCCACAGCUUUAUAUACCAUGGCGACAGUUUUACACGAUCAUCCGAAUCCAGCAUUGAGUUUUACAGAGGCUAAAAAGGAAAUUGUGGAGGUAUUCCAGCAGGCAUUGCAGUAUUGUGAUUUAGACGAGAACAAUCCCAAAUAUCCAUUGUAUCAGUUUAGGGCUGCAUGGAUACACUUUCGACUUGCAUCUCUUUAUCACAAGAGCGUUUUAGAAUUACCUACUGAUGCUGCGAAUCGAAAAGGAGUGAUCUCACUCUCGAAGUUGCACUAUAACAAAUCGAUUCCUCUUUUCCUUGCAUCUAUGGAUGCGGUUAAUUAUUUCACCGUCCAGAUGCAGUUAUUUGGUCUUAUUGACUAUUUGGGGAAAUCUUUGUCAACGUCACAAGUAAAACUUACACAUUAUCAAGAUUGUUUAGACAUAUUGUGUAACGUGAAACCCAUGCUUCAGUUAAUUAUCGACAAGAAAAUUGAUCUGGAAGAGUCCAAUGAUGUUGAAGAGCAUGAGGGGUCGUAUAAAACUCUGAAGUCUCUUAUAAAAUUGCUUCAAAAUCAAAUUCAGUAUACAUUUAGAGAGUUAACAAAGUUGUGUCUUCACAAACCAGCUAUAAAUAAAAAUUGCGUUGAAUUAUCUAAGCUAUACAAAGAAUGCUACGCUGCAACACUGAGGCUGGAUAAACAAAACCUCUAUGAUAAUAUUUUAAGUAUUAAUAGUGUUUUAUCAAAAGUUCAACCUUAAAUACUAAAUUGCAUUGUUUGUACAUGUAAUAAGAUAAUUGUAAAUAAACGUUACAUUUUUA